CACCAACAACAAAGAGAGUAGUAGUAGUAGUAGUGGGAGGGUUCGGUUGUCAGAGGUGGUGGCAGAUUGUGUUAAGAGGUGGUUUAGGGAUACAAUGAAGGAAGCUAAAGCUGGAGAUGUUAGCAUGCAGGUCUUGCUUGGUCAGAUGUACUGUAGUGGUUAUGGUGUUCCCAAAGAUCCCCAAAAGGGAAGAGUUUGGCUGACCAGAGCAUCAAAGACUCGUUCGUCGGUUUGGAAAGUUGGUGAUAAGCGUCCAGGUUACAAUGCUAGUGACUCUGAUUCUGAUGAAAUGGAGGAUUCUUAAGGAAAUUUAAUUUGGUUUCGUGUCUGAAAUUGUGAAAGGUGUCUCUGGCAUUCUCAUCCCAUUGUGUAUGUUGAUGUAACUUAGUUUACCUUGCCAUAUAUGGUUUCAAUUUUCGGAUGAUUUGUUUAUUCCUUUUGGUUUAUGAAAAAAGAAGGGGAAAAAAAUAGUCAAGGGAAAGAAAAUUAAUGCUCCUAGUUUGGAGGACAGGUGUAAAAAUCAUUCUGGGUUAUGUGGUUAGGACUUUAAUUACCCAGCAAUUUACUUAAAUAUAAGUUUUUUUUUUCUGUUAAUUAUAUAAUUUUGUUGAUUGUUGAAGGUUGUCCGAUUAUAUAUAUGUUCUAUUAUUGCUCCCUUUUCUUUUCA